UCCUUUCCGCUCCCCCGCGCAACAACCCCAUUGACAUUUAGUUCCGAGAGUCAGGCUGGUUGAGAACGUGUCUGCUUCAGAUUCGACAAUCUUUCCCCAAAAUAUUCGGUCCCAAUAUUAAGCUUUGAAGAGAAUGUCAGCUCCUCCUGAUGGUGAGACCCCCAUGGAGUUGUAUGAGAAAGUGACUCUCCAAGGGGGUACUGUCCGACUGCUAAAGUCAAACAAAGCGCCAAAGGAAGAAAUUGAUGCAGCUGUAAAGGAACUGUUGGCACUCAAAAUGGAUUAUAAAACACUAACAGGCCAGGAGUACAAGGUUGGUAUUCCACCCACUAACAGCACAACAGUUAACAAUAAUAGUCUGGCUAUUGCAGAAGAUGGUGGAGACUAUGUGGAUCCAUGGACUGUGCAGACAUCCAGUGCUAAAGGAGUGGACUAUGACAAAUUGAUUGUUCGGUUUGGAAGCAGCAAAAUUGAUCAGGAGUUAAUUAACCGAAUGGAACAAGUCACUGGUCAGAAAGCUCAUCGUUUCUUUCGUAGAGGAAUCUUUUUCUCUCAUCGGGAUAUGCACCAGAUCCUCGAUGCUAUUGAGACGAAAAAAUCAUUUUACCUGUAUACAGGGCGUGGUCCUUCAUCAGAAGCAAUGCAUGUGGGCCAUCUUAUUCCAUUCAUCUUCACAAAGUGGCUCCAAGAUGUUUUUAAUGUACCUCUUGUAAUUCAGCUGACUGAUGAUGAGAAAUAUCUGUGGAAAGACAUGACGCUGGAACAAGCCUAUAAUUAUGCAAUUGAGAAUGCCAAAGACAUCAUUGCUUGUGGCUUUGAUAUCAAUAAAACCUUUAUCUUCUCUGAUCUGGAUUACAUGGGACAGAGCUCAGGAUUCUAUCAGAACGUGGUUAAGAUCCAGAAACAUGUUACUUUUAAUCAAGUGAAGGGGAUCUUUGGCUUUGGAGAUAGUGACUGUAUAGGAAAGAUCAGUUUCCCUGCUAUACAAGCUGCUCCAUCCUUCAGUACCUCAUUUCCGCAAAUCUUUAACGGCCAAAAGGAUAUUCAGUGUCUCAUUCCCUGUGCUAUUGACCAGGACCCCUAUUUUCGGAUGACCAGGGACGUUGCUCCAAGGAUUGGCUACCCUAAGCCAGCACUGCUGCAUUCAAUCUUCUUCCCUGCCCUGCAAGGAGCACAAACCAAGAUGAGUGCCAGUGACUCCAACUCAUCCAUCUUUCUCACAGAUACUCCAAAACAGAUCAAAACAAAGAUCAACAAACAUGCUUUUUCAGGUGGUAAGGAUACUAUUGAAGAACACCAACAGUUCGGUGGGAAUUGUGAAGUAGACGUAUCUUACAUGUACUUAACCUUUUUCCUAGAAGAUGAUGAGAAAUUGGAGAAAAUAAGACAGGAUUAUUCAAGUGGAAAGCUGCUUACAGGGGAGCUGAAGAAGAUUCUUAUUGAAACCCUGCAGUCAAUCAUAACAGAACACCAACUGCGACGCAAACAGGUGACCAAUGAAACAGUGAAACAGUUCAUGACUCCUCGGAAACUGAUGUUUGACUUUUAAGGACUGAUUUCAGAUCUGGUGAAACUUUAGAGAAUGAAGUCCAUUUUCAUUCAUCAGGAUCUUAACAUUGUGCUGAAAUUGUGUAACAUUAUGGAUGUAUGUUUUAGAAUAUAUUAAUAAAUACCACUAAAUUAUAACAUUA